AUGGCGAGCAUCCAGCCCCCCACGGCCGCCAACCUCAAACGCAAGCGAGCACCAGCGGACUCACAGGCCUCAUCGCAGCCGGGCAUCCCAUCUCACCUGCGCGACACCAUCAACCCGCGGAGCCACUCCCAGAGCACGCUCAGACAACUCCAGGCGGCGGGCCUCUCGGACCAGGACGUCUUGCCCUCCGAGAUCGUGCCGGGCUUCCCCCACCGGGCCCUGCCGAGCUACCUCUUCAACCAGGACGACGAGGACGGCAGUGCAGAGAUACCCGCUGAGAUCGACAGGGCCGAACAACAAGAGGCCCUCGGCGACAACGAAGACGACGACGACGGCGCUGAAAGCGGUAAAGACCACGAGGACCAGGACCCCGCCACGGCCGCCCGCCGCCGCGCAGAGAAGCGCGAGCGCGGCGUCAAGCGCGCCCUGCGCGCCCACGAGCGGCACCUCGGCGUCCUGACGGCCAUCCUGCACCGCAGCCUCGACGCCGGCGACCUCCCGCGCGCCAAGCGCGCCUUCGCCCUGCUCGCGCGCUCCGAGGUCUACGGCAAGGCCGUCGACCUGCGGCAGGACCACCUGUGGGCCGUGGGCGCCGAGAUCCUGAUGCGCGAGGGCGAGGGCGAGCAGCAGCAGCAGGGGCAGGAACAGCAGGGAGGGAGAAGCAGAGGAGAGAGGUGGGGGUCCGCGGCCAACAUGCCGCGCGUGCGGGCGUACUACCAGGACCUCAUCCUGCACCACCCGUACAACCGCAUGUUCCCGCGGGCGACGAGCGCCCUCGACUUUUGGCCCGCGCUGCUGGGCACCGAGCUCUACAACGCCUGGGCCGAGCACGGGCUCGCGCUGCGGCGGCUCGAGGCCGAGGCCGAGGACUGGGCUGCUGGAGGAGGGCCCGAGGCCAUGGACUACUCUGAAGACGACGAUGACAGCGCGGGGCGCGGCGGGCAGAACGACGACAGGGUCCCCAAGAUGGGGCCGUGGGAGGCCAGGCUGCGGGAGGCCAAGGAUAGCGUCCGGACGGAGACGAUGGCCAUGGUCGGGGACAUCGCGCGGAGGCUGGACGGGCUGAUGGAGAACCCGCCGUAUUCUACGAGCCACGAGAUGCUCCGGCUCCGCGGGAUGGUGUCGCUGUACCUGAGCGACCUCGUGAUGGCGCCCGCGCCGAGGUCGGCGAGAGAAGACCGGGACGGGCGGGUCGAGAGGGAGGACGAGAGAGAGAAGGCCAAGGACGCGUUUCGCAAGAUCAUCAAGGAGAGGGGCGAAGUCGAGGAGUGGAUUGAGCACUUUGUAUACCCAGAGAGGAUGGAAGACGACGAAGACGAGGAAACGAUUCCCGUGUUCUCGUCCUUGCCAAUACGAUAA